CCUAGAUAAGAUGUUUCACGUACAAUUCAGCUCGAGAAAAAGUGCGUUGUGUCUUAUGAAUUGCACUAUUACGUAUACUCAGUUUUUCUCGGAUGAGCCUCCUUACAUCUCGAUUGACAUUCCGCCGCAAUCAAUCUGAUCACCUCUGAAUCAAUAAGGUUCGUUGAAACAUGAAAUGAAAUUCAUACUGCGACCUUCAAGAUUAGCCGUCCCGGGUUUGCGCUGUUAUCAACGAAACUUCUCGGCACAAAAGGACGACGAUAAACUGAAAGACGGAGAAGAUGACGCGAAGGAAAUUCCAGUUGACGAUCUCGCAGAACCGACGAACUGCUGUAUGUCAGGAUGCGCGAACUGCGUAUGGAUUCAAUACGCGGAGCGACUGAGCAGCAAGAUCGACAACACGUCGGACGUGAACUUGCAAGCCGCUAUCUUGGAACGAGUGCAAGACCCUAAUAUGAAGGCUUUCCUCAAGAUGGAACUGCGUUGCCGGAAGUUGAUAAAGUAGCGCUCCGAAAUAUUUCGUAAUAACCAAGAGAGUGUACAACAGGAAUAUAUAGAAAUUAAUUUUAUACACAUACUUGGUCUGUACUUUUUAGCUGCACCAUUCAGCUGGUGCAAUAAGUUCAAGUGAGAAAAAAUAUAGUCGUCUCAUUCUAACUUAUUGCACUAGUUCCGCAGUGUGCAGCUAAAAAGAACAGACCACAUCGUCUCAUUGGGAAAUUUAGCAACGUGCUCGAAACAAACAGUUGCGUUAAUAUUUACUGCGCAGCGUAGCCGACGAAAAUGAGCACUGAUAUUAAAAUCCGCAAGACAAGAUAUACGACGAUAAUAAACUAUGAUAUCGGCGCUGUAAAAAUAAAAUGAUAGCAAAAAAGUUUUUAAUUACGAUAUAGAUUAGAAUACGGAAUAUAAAUAAAAUUUAGUAUGCGUACUAAUACGUAGAAUCUUGUACACAUAUGUACAUAAAAUGUAAAUAUACGUAAUAUAAUAUAUAGUGUGUUAAAUAAUGCUGCA